UCGACCCGGAAGAACGGAGUCCCGUGGCUGUGCGGCCCCUCCCUUGGUCCCCGGGCGUCUCUGGGUCCCGGCCCGGGUGCUGCCAGGGCCCUGGGAGGCUGAAGGCUAAGCAUGGGGAAGAGUUGCAAGGUGGUGGUGUGUGGCCAGGCAUCUGUGGGCAAAACGUCAAUCCUGGAGCAGCUUCUGUACGGGAACCAUGUGGUGGGUUCUGAGAUGAUUGAGACGCAGGAGGACAUCUACGUGGGCUCCAUCGAGACCGACCGGGGGGUGCGGGAGCAGGUGCGUUUCUAUGACACCCGGGGGCUCCGAGACGGGGCGGAGCUGCCCCGCCACUGCUUCUCCUGCACCGACGGCUACGUCCUGGUCUACAGCACUGACAGCCGGGAGUCCUUCCAACGCGUGGAGCUGCUCAAGAAGGAAAUCGACAAAUCCAAGGACAAGAAGGAGGUCACCAUCGUGGUCCUUGGCAACAAGUGUGACCUGCAGGAGCAGCGGCGUGUGGACGCAGAUGUGGCUCAGCACUGGGCCAAGUCGGAGAAGGUGAAGCUGUGGGAGGUCUCUGUGGCCGACCGCCGCUCCCUGCUGGAGCCCUUCAUCUACCUGGCCAGCAAGAUGACCCAGCCCCAGAGCAAGUCCGCCUUCCCCCUCAGCCGCAAGAACAAGGGCAGCGGCUCCUUGGAUGGCUGAAGAGCUGCCAUCCCUUCUUCACCUUCCCAACCCCAGUCCAGCUUCCGGGGCUUUGGAAGAUGGGUCGGGGUGGGGGGGGAGGGGAAGGUCCUGCUAGCGCGGGCAGCCGGGCUGUCCCAGGCUAGGCCACUCUGGCUCCCUCCCCACUCCGGGAAAUGCAAAUAGUCUAGGUUAGUGCCCCCACCCCAGCUUUCAUCACAUCUGCCCCUCUCUGACCUAGGGCAGUUGUGGGUCGGUGCCCCUUCCACCUGUCCUGGAAUGGGAAGCAGAGCUACCAUGCAAAAGUGCCCAGUCUGGGGUCUGGUUCUGAUCACAGGUCCCACACCUCUAGGCUUCUGCCACACACACACACACACACAUACAUGCACACAGCACACACACAGCACUCGCCUGGACUCCAGGGAGAGGGCACCCAGGUCUCGUGUGUGUGUGUGUGUGUGUGUGUGUGUGAGCAUACUAGUGUUGGCGGUGCCUCCUCAUCCAGCACCCUGACCUUUGGCCUUCCUCCUGUCUGUACCUUGGCUGGAAGGAGCCAACCUCCCGGGAAGUGUGGUUUUUCUACUUGACAUCUUCCCGCCAUCGUUUCGCUUCCUCUUCCUGCUUACAGAGCAGAUGGGCCUCAUGGGCUGAGUCACCAGUGGGCUUUGUGACCCAGCAAGGCUUUUCCCCUCUCUGGGCUUCAGUUUUCUCAUCUGUACGGUGACAUGAGUUUCUUAGGUGACCGAGAUCCACUCCCGUCCUGUGAUUUUAUAACACACAUGGCUUCGGGCCAUCUGACUGUGUGUAUGUACCUACCCUUUGCUUCUCUCUCUUCAAGGUGCUAUGCCCACCCGCCCUGGAGGCUGGGACACUGCCCCUGACAACCACCAGGGGGCAGGGGCGCACUCCAGGUGCCAGAAUGGCUGCUUAGUGCCCAAUGGGGAACCUUGCACCCAUAGCCACUGGUCUUCACCCACCUCCUGUGGUUGUUUUCAGCUUUCAGCUGGACUUUAUUUAUAAAUCUCCUGUUAUAAACGAAUAUGCUGCCAUGGUGAAGGCUGGACAAGGUGCUCCUCUAGCCCUUCUUACCUCAGAUGCCUCAACAGAACAAGGCACACGAGUCGCAGCUUCCCAGGAGCUGACAGGUCUGUUGGGGCUCAGAAGGGCAGUUGCUCUCUCCACGUGCUCCAAAGUGAGCUUAUGACCCACAACUUUCCUGUGGCCACUUUGUGCUUCUAAUGGACACAGCCAGGCCACCUCCAGUGCAUGUCCCUUCUUCCCAAAGCAGGAGGGGUGAGCGGGGGCAAGCGCCCGGGGCUGGGUGAGUGAAGUUGGGGCAUAUAUAGGCUUGGGUUUAAUGUUCAUUUAUUAAUGCAAUUGGACACAAUAAAACCACA